AUGCAGCACAUACAGCGGCCGCCAGCCAUGGCCUACCGGCGACGUGCCGACGGCAAGUAUUCGCGGUGGGUCCAGGUCUGGCGGUGGAUCUGGUUUAUCGCACGCUGCGGGCGGCGGCGCAAGCGCAAAGCCAAGCCCGUGGCAGACAGGCGCGAGGAGCGGCGGGCGCUACGGCAGCAGCUGCGCGAGGAGGCCGAAGAGUGGCUGUCGCAGUGCAUUGACCGGAUUGUCGAGCUCGGCGAUGAUCUGGUCGGCAGUGAUAUCGACGACUAUGAGGACGACGACUUUGAGGGCGAGGAGGGCAGCGGCGAGGACAGCCAGGAUGACGCGGAUUCGCGCCAGGUCGUGUAUGGGCUGGUAAACACCGGCAAUUCGUGCUUCUUCAACUCGGUUCUACAGGCGCUGGCGUCGGCGGAGUACCUGCAAAACUACCUGGCGGCGAUCCUUGAGCGCAUGGACGAAGUCAACGACCGGUGCGAGCGGCCAUUGGUCAGCAUGCCGCUGACCGAGGCUCUGUGGGAGACCCUGACGGAUCUCAACACGGUGGUUAACCGCGACUCGGCCUUCCAGCCAUACGCAGUCAUGGCUGCUCUGGGCACUAGGGGACUCAAUGACCGCGAGCAGCAGGACGCACAGGAGGCGUUCCAGCUGAUCUCGACCGCGAUGUCGGAAGAGCAGCGAGUGUUUGCAAGCCUGCGGGUGCCGUCGCUGUUCAACCUGGACCUUGUGCACAUGCUGGCGCAGACUGACCGGGCGAAAUCACAUGUGCUAGCUGUGCCCCGCGGCCUCGAGAGCGUUGGCACCAAAGGCCUGGCACGUGUAAGGGCAAUUCCGGAAACUGGCCAGCCUGGCGGCCUGCCAGCCGAGGGCGGUCAGAGCCUGACGCUCGGGAGACGCGAUGUCUUGCAGAAUCCGUUUACGGGGCUUAUGGCCAGCAGACUGACGUGUGCGCAGUGUGGGUAUACUGAGGCUGUUCGGCACUUUGCCUUUGACAACGUCUCGCUGACAUUGCCGCUGCUGGCAUCGUGUACACUGGACCAGGCGCUGCGGGACUACAUCUCGAUCGAGGAGCUGUCAGGCGUGCAGUGCCGCAAAUGCACACUGCAUCGCACACUGCAGGAGUUAAUUACUGAGGUUAGGGCUGCCAGUGCCUGGCUCGCCAACAACCCAGUGUACAACACGGCUAGUGCUAAUGGCGAAUCAGUCGAGAGUAUCGGCGCUGAGUCAGAGAUGUGUGCAAAGGCACAGCGGCAGGCUGCGCGCGCCGAGGCGGUAUGGCGCCGAGUAGUGCUGAAUGACAGCGACAACGAAAGGUUCUCCGACUCGGACUCGGAGGACUCUGAAUUCAACACCAAUAAUCAAGAAUCGGGCACAUCAGUACCAAACGCGCGGCUCGGAUUCUCGCUUGGUUCAGGGCUGUCGCGCGACGAGUACCCGAUCAAUCCGGCCUCACAGCGCGUCGACCGUACACACAACCUUCCGCCGCCCUACAUGCUCAAUGUGCCUGGCAUUAUCCAGCGACUCAGGUCAGAAGCCACUGACGUGGCCAAGGCCCUGCGCACAGACGUUCAAAUGGAGCUGCCAGGCGUCAAACUGCGGCGCGCCUACAGCCCACUGAGCACCAAGCAGAUCGCCUUUGCCAAGCUGCCGCCAUGCCUGUGCCUGCAUCCUGUCGCGUACCUGGAUUUCGCGCCGUACACAACUAACGGGCACCUGAAGGUCGAUCCGAUGGCAUCGAUUAUUGACGAGUCGCUGACUACGAGUGAGUUGUCUGCCCAGGGCGUGUUUGCCAGCCAGCAGCAGCGCCGGUCCAAGGAUGUCGCUGAUGCGAUCAGCCAGGGGAUCAGUCCACAGACAGGCUACCGUCUGCAGGCGGUGGUGGUGCACAUUGGCUCGCACUCGUACGGCCAUUUCAUCACAUAUCGGCGGAAGCCGCGGCCACCCACACGCUCUGGCAUCAACACACCUCGCCAUGCCAGCAACCCUGUAGCACUACCAAUGUCUGCCCAUGUUCCCAUUGACAAGCGCGCAGCCUUAUCGUCCAGCCCACCUGCCUCGGACAUGUCUCCUGCACAUGACGGACUGCGCAAACGCCGGAUCGUCGGCGGCAGCAGCAGCAUGGCCACCGCCAGCAUGUCCAGCAUAUCUUCUGUCAACGACUUUGCGCUGCCCGCUCCCAUGCAACAGGAGUGGUACCUGAUCUCGGACGAAGAUGUGCAGGCAGUCACACUGGCAGAGCGCAUUGAGCCCACGCAGGUCGUUGGGUAUGCCGGCACACCGAGCAUCCUGCCAUCGCUGACCAACUUGCGCAACCUCGCUAAACGCUCGAACCAUACGCAGCAUAAUGGCGGUGGCGACAAAAUGCACCCGCCAGGUGACCAUGACGGCGAUGGCGGCUUGGCGUUUGUCAGAGAUGCUGAGCUCACAGCGAGUGCCGCGUCGAGCAUCCACCAGGUGCCGCAGCUUAUCGACAAGUGCAUUGGGUCGCGGAUCUGGGUCAUGAUGAAGUCCGAGAAGGAAUUCAACGUCACAGAAUACGAACAGGUUGGCGACGUGAAGGAGGUCAACCAUCUCGAUCAGAUCCUGCUCAACGGCAACAACAUCUGCAUGCUUGUUCCUGGAGGCGAGUAA